UGAUCUCCUUUUUUAUGGCAAGUUCAUCCGCCACGGUUCCCCAUUCGUGUCCGCGGCAGGCAUGGCGAGCUCUAGCUUCAUCGUCUUGCCUUUCACGGCCGCCGCCUCUGCAUGCCUUCCUCCAAGCAAGCCCGUAGCCAGGGGCAAACAGGGCCGCCGCACUCGCUUGUCGUGCCAUUGCAAAGCCACGGCGGGUGGUGCCGGGGAUGACGACCUGGCGGUGAGUCGUCGGCUCGACCGCCGGGACGUGCUCCUCGGCCUCACCGGGGUGGGAGCCGCCGGCGCCAUCAACCUCGGAGGACUCGCGCUGGCCGCGGACGACGCCGUGCCGGCCACGUGCGUCACCGUGCCUGUCACGGACCAGGUCAUCAGGUGCGUCUCGGCCGACGGCUUCAACUGCCCCGGCGUGUACCGCCCCGAGGACGUCGUCGACUUCAGCGCGCUGCCGCCACCGAACGGCCCCUUGCGCGUCCGCCGGCCGGCCCACCUCGUCGCCGCGGACAAGGAGUACGUGAGGAAAUACGAGGCCGGCGUCCGCAUGAUGAGGGAUCUGGACGCCUCCGGCGAUCCGCGCAGCUUCAAGAGCCAGGCCGCCAUCCACGAGGCCUACUGCAACUUCCACUACAAGGUCACCGCGGUGGCCGCCGCGGCCUCAAGAACAGCCGGGGGCGGCGGCGGCACGCCGGAGAUCGACUUCGACGUGCACUUCUCGUCUAUCUUCGCGCCGUGGCACCGGAUGUACAUCUACUUCUUCGAGCGGAUCAUCGGCGAGCUCAUCGGCGACACCACCUUCGCGCUGCCGUACUGGAACUGGGACGCGCCGGACGGGAUGAUGCUGCCGCCGAUAUUCAACAACGCGUCCUCGCCGCUCUAUGACGCCAACCGCGACCAGGCGCACGUCACCGCCGUCAUGGACCUCAACAAGGGCCCAGGCGCGGACAACGAGCUUCCUCUCUGCAGCGACGACGCCUGCGUGAAGGAGAACAACCUCUCCGUCAUCUACCGCCAGAUGGCCGUCGACACGGCCCUGCAGUUCCACGGGAACAAGUUCUGCGCCGGGGGCACCCCCGGCUCCCCCGGCUCACUCGAGAACGCCGCGCACACCGCCGUGCACAUCUGGGUGGGCGGGGACAUGGGGGUGCUCGGCACCGCCGGCCGCGACCCCGUCUUCUACUCGCACCACGCCAACGUCGACCGCAUGUGGCACCUCUGGACCACCACGCUCGGCAACCAGGACUUCGUCGGCGCCGGCACCGGCGACUGGCGCGACACCAGCUUCGUCUUCUACGACGAGAAGCGGCGGCCCGUGCGCAUCAGCGUCCGCGACGUCCUCGACGCCGGCAGGCUCGGGUACACGUACGAGGAGAGGGAGACCUUGGAGUGGCUGGACAAGCGGCCCAAGCCGGCGACCGGCAUCGACAGACCGGCCGGCCCAAGCGUCCCCGCCGCCCUCUCCUUCCCCGUGGCUCUGAAGAAGGGCCGGAAGGAGUACGUGACGGUGGAGCGGCCGGAGGAGGCCCGGGCCAGCGGCGGCAGCAGCAAGAAGGCGCCGGAGGUGCUGGUGGUGGACGUCACCAUCGACCCCUGCGAGUACGCCAAGUUCGACGUGCUCGUCAACGUGCCCAAAGGCCAGGAGGCGCGGGUGGGGCCGCAGGACACCGAGUUCGCGGGGACCUUCGAGAACCUGCCGCACGGCGGCGGCGACGGCGGCGGCCGGGGCAUGGGGCGGCUGACGCUCACGUACCGGUUCGCGCUCCGGGAGCUGGUUGAGGACCUCGGAUGCGGCCAGGACCGGCGGCUGGACGUCACGCUCGUCCCGCGAGCCGGUGGGAUGGUCGUGGUAGACGACGUGCGAGUUGAACUUUGUAACUAACUGAUAUGUGCAUGAGUCAGCUACAUUAGUUUUUUCAAGACGGAUGAUAUACCCGGCCUCUACAUCCCAGUAUAUAGACGAAAGUAAAAUAAAACCUUAAACUUCGAAUCCUGAAA